AUGCUGCCUGCUGUUGUAAAGCUCUGCUGUGGAAUCUCCUAUCCACAUCUGAGGAGUGUAGCAGGACUUCAACGCACAGCUGUGGCAGUGAUAGGCCAGGAGCUCACACACCUCCAGAGAUGGGGACGGUUCCAACAUCACACGAGAACACAUGCUGGAUUGAAGUAUAACGAUCCUGUAACUGAAGAUAUAAAGCCUGCACCAUCAAAAGAAAACCAGCUGUUCUUUGUACAAAAAGGCCAAGAGGCUAUGAGGGAGGCUCUGUGUAUGCUGGAUGACAAACAAGGCUGGAAGGUCGAGAUCACAGAGAGCAACGGGGAUGUGAUUUGCAGCAAAGUGAUGCCCGGAGCUGGGAAGGUUUUCAGGCUGGAGGCGGUCCUUGAGGCCAGCGUGGACGAGCUCUACGACCUCCUGUUUGUCCGAGUGGAGGAGAUGCACCAGUGGAACCCGAGCAUACAGCAUAUCAAAGUUCUGAUGCGUGUCGGACCCGAAACGAUUGUCACUCACGAAGUUUCAGCCCAGACGGCGGGAAAUCUGAUUGGCCAAAGGGACUUUCUGAGUGUGAGACACAGUUGCAAACAAAACUCCAGCGUUUAUCUUGGAGGAACAGCGAUUCAGCUGGAGCCUUUCCCACCUCAGGCGGGUUUUGUGAGAGCUGAGGAUGGACCAACCUGCAUCAUCAUUCAGCCUCUGGACGAGGACUCAGGAAAAAGCCGCUUCACAUGGCUCCUUAAUAUGGAUGUCAAGGGCUGGCUGCCAAAGUCCAUUGUCAAUCAGGCUUUGCCCCGAGCACAGCUGGAUUUCAUCAGGCACCUCCGCAGACGUCUCACAGCGGGCGCCACGCUGAGCUGA